GGAAAGUUGGUAGUAAAAGUGCCACGUCUUCCUGGGAGGGUGAAGUUGUCCUGAACUUGCCCGAAGCCAUCGUCCGCUUUCAGCACCGUUUUAACUCUAUGAAGGAGGGGACCCUUUCUCUGUUUAGGUAACAUGAGGUUUUUCUUGUGGAACGCGAUCUUGACACUGUGGGUCACGGCUUUGAGUGGAGCUAUGAUCCCUGAGCCAGAAGUGAAAAUCGAAGUUCUCCAGAAGCCGUUCAUCUGCCAUCGGAAGACCAAGGGAGGGGAUCUGAUGUUGGUCCACUACGAGGGCUAUUUAGAAAAGGACGGCUCUCUGUUUCAUUCCACUCACAAACAUAACAAUGGUCAGCCCAUCUGGUUUACCCUGGGCAUUCUGGAGGCUCUCAAAGGCUGGGACCAAGGCUUGAAGGGAAUGUGUGUGGGAGAGAAGAGAAAACUUGUUAUUCCUCCUGCCCUGGGCUAUGGCAAAGAAGGAAAAGGUAAAAUCCCCCCAGAGAGCACACUGAUAUUCAACGUUGACCUCCUGGAAAUUCGAAAUGGCCCACGGUCCCAUGAGUCAUUUCAAGAAAUGGAUCUCAAUGACGACUGGAGACUCUCCAAACAUGAGGUUAAAAUGUAUUUAAAGAAGGAGUUUGAGAAGCACAGUGCAGUGGUGAAUGAAAGUCAUCAUGAUUCUUUGGUGGAGGAUAUUUUUGAUAAAGAAGAUGAAGACAAAGAUGGAUUUAUAUCUGCCAGAGAAUUUGUAUAUGUGCAUGAUGAAUUGUAGGGAAGCACCUGCCAUGUUAUACACAUUUGUCUAAAGGGAAGGUGGCAUCUUUUUUUUUUUUUCUUCUUUCACUUUGGUUUUUUGAGACGGAGUUUCUCUGUGUAGCCUUGGAUGUCCUGGACUGGCUUUGUAGACCAGGCUGGCCUUGAACUCACAGAGAUCUGCCUGCCUCUGCCUCCCUAAGGGGAAGAAGGCAUUUCUUUCUUUCUUUCUUUCUUUCUUUCUUUCUUUCUUUCUUUCUUUCUUUCCUUCCUUCCUUCCUUCCUUCCUUCCUUCCUUCCUUCCUUCCUUCCUUCUUUCUUUCUUUCUUUCUUUCUUUCUUUCUUUCUCUUUCUUAUUUUUCUUUUUUUUUUGAAGGUGGCACCUUUAAACAAAUCUUAUUUUUCUUUUUUUUUUUUUGAAGGUGGCACCUUUAAACAAAGUGUUUGCUUUGCUUUGUUUGUUUUUAGUUUUAUAUAAUUUUCUAUUAUUUAAAGAAACACAGAGACUUUGUAAAUAUCUGUAUCUUCCUGAUAAGUUAUUGGGAAGAAACAGUUGUCUUUGAGUAGAGGACUUCUGGGCCUUUUCCAUGUUCACACAGAAGCUUGUCUUGCUGGCUUCCUUUUAGUGGAACAUGUUGCAACAGCAGAUGAACACAGUUGCACAAAUCAGUACCCUGUACUCUGCCUCCCUCUGUUUUCUCAAAGUCAAGUUAUUCACACACUCAAAUGCCUCUGCUGUCUUCACCUUGCAGUGAAGUAGUUUUUUCUUUACUGCCUUGCAGUCUCUGCUUGGGGGCACGAAACAUACGGUAGGCUUUAUUCCAUAACAACUUUGGCCUCACUGUGGAGAUUUGCAGUGUGGGGUAAACAAUGGAGUUGCAAGCUCAUGAAUAGGUGUGCAUUGAAACAUUCUGCAGAGACUUCCUAGUGGCUAAUGACUUAUUAAGAUGAGUCAGAUAAAUAAUUUAUGUGGUCGCUUCCUUGCAUUCAAUGCUUCCUUGUAAUCAAAACUAUGGUAGGCAUGGCAGAGAGUUGUAUUUAUAGUCAAUGUUUACUUUCAAGGCUAUCAGGUUUAGGCUUCUGUUUCUUCAAUAAGUAAUGUUUACAGCUAGUGUAUUACUUUGCAAUAACACUGAAUCAUGAGAGAAUUUAGUAUGUCAACUGGACUUUUCCCGUUUCUGACUCAUCAAAAAUGAGGCUGACCAAUAACAACUAUUCUCACAACUAAUCCUGAGUUUGAAAAUUGACUUUUAUCAUUUUAUCUCAAAUUGGCUUCUAAAAAUUAUUUUGUUAGGAAUAGUUUCUCAUACUUUAUAAAAUGUAUCAAGUGUACUUUGCCUGACUGGCAGUGUUCUGACAGCCAUGGGAAACAGCUUAUGGUACUUCCUUAUAGAUGAGAAGUGCUGUAAGAGAUUGACUGAUGAGCCCAGUGUUGGUGGUUAAGCUGUGGAAGCAUCUUUGUUCCCUGAGGUCAGUCUUUCACUUUUCCACUAAUGAAGAAGCAGGGCGUUUGCUUGAAUCUGUUGGGCCCCAUUUCCCUUGGGAUCUUUACCUCUAUGGACAGUUCCUGCCUCUUCAUGGCUGAUCACAGCUCUCCUUAGGAUUCAAGAAGGUCUGUGUUUUCAUAGAAUAAUCUUCCCAUUUGCUUUGAAUCGCCUCAGUCUCCCUCCCAGUGACCAGUGAGAGGGGCCAGGUUUUAGUUCACUCAUUCCUGUCACCUCUUUUUGUUUGUAGAAAUUAGAUUGCUUCACUAAUUGACAUUUUCCUCACCAAAACAUGUUAGUGGGAAGAAUAUACUCUAAAACCUGUUCUUGAAGAUGCUGGGUCUAACUAUAAAACAGCUGUCACCACUGGCAUUUCUCUGAACCUGGGGAGGUUGUAAGAAGGCCUGUCUCGGGAGGACAGUGGUGUGUCUCGAAGGCUGUUUUGCACCAAGGCUGCUACCAUCAUCUGUGCUGGAGCAAGGAAGGAAAAAGAAUCUUGAUUAUUCAAUUAAAUGAAUUUGUAUCUGUUCUCAGCUAAACCUUCAAACAGAAAUAUGAAAGGAAGACAUACCCAUAGAUAAUGGUUAUUUAAGCCAUCUGCCUGUAUAGCAAUACCUUUGCACCUUCCCAUUAGUGGGAAUAAUCAAACACCAACUGUGACUUCACAUGUGUGUAAUUGACUCAGAACUGCUCUAUGUGACAUAUUUAAAUUUCUAUGUCUAUUGUGAUACUCUGAAAAUAAAGUUUAUU